UACGAUGUGUACGCGUUAUGGUUCAAGCAAUGGUCCUCUGCUCCCUUCGAGUCUAUUUAGGAUUGUUGUAUUCGCACAAUGGAUUCAUGGCAAUGGAGAUCACCGCGCAUAACGGAACAUCCUUCGGAUAUAAUCGUGGCCAAGAAUGAACCGGUAACGUUGAAUUGUAAGGCGGAAGGUAAACCCCAGCCCCUGAUCGAGUGGUAUAAGGACGGUGAACUGGUUCAAACAUCACCGGGAGAUGCUAAAUCUCAUCGUGUUCUUCUUCCUACGGGAUCUCUGUUUUUCUUGAGAGUGAUGCACGGGAAGAAAGAGCAAGAUGGAGGAGUAUAUUGGUGUGUUGCAAGAAAUCAAGCAGGCUCUGUUCCAAGUCGAAACGCAACAUUAACAGUUGCAGUGUUAAGGGAUGAAUUUCGAGCGGAACCGCAAAAUACAAGAGUCGCAGCGGGAGAGACCGCGUUAUUAGAGUGUGGACCACCCAGAGGUCAUCCGGAGCCAACGUUACACUGGAAAAGGAACGGGCAUAAGAUAGAUUUGGACGUGACUAAACGUAUCACUUUGGUAGAUGGGGGGAAUCUGAUGAUUUCGGAUGUGAGGCAAACGGAUCAGGGAAAAUAUCAAUGCGUUGCUGAGAACAUGGUAGGCGUGAAAGAAUCGGCAGUGGCAACUUUGACGGUUCACGUGAAGCCAUUCUUCUUGUCGACUCCUGCCAAUCAAACGAUCCUGGCGGAACAAACAGCCGAAUUCGCGUGCCGCGUAGGCGGCGAUCCUCCGCCUGAGAUCCUUUGGCGACGGAACGAUGGGAAAAUGCCGAUCGGUCGAGCGCAUAUAUUGGACGAUAAGAGCUUGCGAAUCGAGAGGGUGACGUCGCAGGAUCAAGGGACGUACAUUUGCGACGCUGAAAACGGCGUCGGUGCGAUAUCGGCCAGUGCAACGUUGAUAGUGCAUUCACGACCAGUCUUCACCAGUUUCCCCAAAGACGAGAUAGUCAGCGUCGGAUCGAACGUUUCGUUUUCCUGCGCGGCUCGUGGCGCGCCAGAGCCCUCGAUAUUUUGGACCCGCGAAGGUUCCCAAGAGUUGAUGUUUCCUGGAAACGAGUACCAGGACCGCUAUAGAAUCGCAGAAGGCGGCAGUUUGCACGUUAAAGGGGUGAUUGGAAAGGACGAGGGACACUAUGUUUGCAGUGCCAUCAGUCAAGCUGGUGCUAGCACGGCAACCGUUUUCCUUCAGGUUACGUCGAUCGAAGAAGCUCCGCCGCCUAUAAUCGAGAUAGGAGCGACGAAUCAAACUUGCUCUCCGAAGGAGCAAGUGUCGAUGCCGUGUCGUGCGUUUGGAAGACCCGUUCCACAGAUCCGAUGGUACAAGAACGAGGAACUAGUGCGGACAGGCACCGCCACCGACGAUCGAUUCGUGAUCGCGAGCAACGGCACCCUCUCUAUUAGAAACGUUCAAUUGAGCGACACGGGAAUGUACAAGUGUGUCGCGUCCUCUGAGUCCGGUAAUACAUCGUGGACUGCCAGUUUAACGAUCAACACCAGUUCGGGAAUCGGUCAUCGCGGCGUAGCAACCGCAGCAGAGCAGCUAUCGGUGCUUCCCGAAAGUCCGAGUAAACCGCGAAUAGUGAACACGACCAGUAAUGCAGUUUCGCUCACCUGGAGUCCGGGUGGACACGAAGGUGCUAGCAAGAUAAUCGAUUACACCGUUGAAUACUUUGCUUCGAAUCCAAAGACCAGCUGGAUAGUUGCCGGUGCAGGAAUUACAGACGACACCUAUACCGUAACCAAUCUGAAACCCGACACAAGCUACGUGUUUCUUGUUCGCGCUCGGAAUGCUCAAGGACUUUCCCUUCCUGGUCCUCUGUCGGAUGCUGCUCGCACGACCAGUCUCGACCAACACGCGAUUCCUCAAACCGUACUGAUUCGUGCAAGAGAUCGUCUCAACAGCGAGAUUCUUUACUUGAAGGAUGUUCAACCUUUGAGCAGUAGCAACGUGAAGAUCGUGUGGGAUAUUCUCGGAGCGGCUGAUUUGGUGGAAGGGCUGUACAUAAGGUAUCGGGAAGUUUCCGAGAAACCAGAAUAUCGAAUGGUGACUGUUCUAAAUGCCGGAGCAACCAGCUACGUUUUGACCAACCUGAGCAAGUACACGCGCUACGAGUUUUUUCUAGUUCCUUUCUUCAAAACUAUCGAAGGUAGACCGAGUAACGUGAAAUUGGCGACCACGUUGGAGGACAUACCUUCCGGUGCACCCGAGAAUGUUCACGUUGGCAUGAUAAACGUAACUUCGGCGUUCGUUCGUUGGUCUCCACCGCCGAAAACUACUCAAAACGGACAAUUGAUAGGAUACAAGAUUCAAAUCAAGAGCAACAGCAGCAACAAGAUUCUCGGUCAGAUGUCGUUAAAUGCGUCGACGACUUCGGUGAUAAUCAAUAGUUUAACGACGGGUGGGCUUUACACGGCCCGCGUUGCCGGAUUAACUCGUAUUGGACUCGGCCCUUUUUCCAAUCCAACUGUUCUGAACAUGGAUCCGGGACAAUUAACGCAGUUGCCGCCGCGUACGGAUCCAAGCCAGAGAAACGCCUCCGUAGUCGGUGAAACUUGGUUUCUAAUUCUGAUAAUAACGGUCGUGUUGACCGUUAUCGCCGCCUUGCUGGGAGCUCUGUACGUUCGACGAAGGCAAGCGAUGAGCAAACAACUGGGCCAUUUGAGCGUUCCCGUUGGUACAGCCAACGACAUUUGUCAAUUGAACAAUAAGGACACUCUGUGGCUGGAGCGAGGCUGGAGACCUAGCAACACUCUCCAGGCUUCCUCCACCGAUAAGGAUUGCGAGACGAAACUGUUGAGUAAUCAAAAUCAAAUCGGUCUACCACCUGGAAUCGUCGGAAUGACAGGCUCGGAAUACGCCGAAGUGAAUCUAACCACAUUUUACAACGCCCGGAAACAAUUGCAAGCUCCGCCAGAACCGUACGCGACAACCACGCUUUGCAUGCCUGCCCGUAGUCCGGAUUCGGUAGAAACCACUGGACGAAAGUCCAAUUCCAGCGACUCCUGCCUCAAGCCGGACUACUCGAGUUUAGAUUCAAACUUGGACCGUAACAAAUCGACCGUGUCUCCGAGCAGCGACAAUGCCAGCAGCGUUUACAACGGCGGAGAAGAUAAUAACGCGGAAGCGCAGAGGAGAGGUCAUCAAUACAGAAUGCCGCUACCGAACGAGAAUCAGCCGCCGAAUUGGUGCGACAUGCUACCACCCCCGCCAGAUCAUCCACCUUCGUUCGAGGGAUCUCUCGGCUCUUCUAGAUCGAUGCAUUCGCAUCAACACCAACACCAACACCAACAUCCACACCAAUAUCAAUACCAUCACCAUCACCAUCAACAUCAAAUUCAGUAUCAACAGCAUCCGCAUCAUUACCAACAACAACAACAACAACAAACCGCGUUUAGCCCUCACCUAGGAAAACGGAGUAUAGAGAGACAGAACGAUUUGGACGUAAUGUCUGGUACCGGCUUAGCUUUGGGACUAGGCUUAAGUUCCAGUUCGAAUUCGGGCUCCGGAUCUGGUUCGGCAAGUGGCGGUGGCGGCGGCGGGGGCGGUUCCGGCUCUGGAUCGAGAAAUUCACAAAGUCCACCGAGUCCACCGAUCAGAGGGACGAACAAUUUGGGAGGUUCGGGCACUAUUUGGAACGGUUCUUCGAGUCAACAACAGUCCCAAUUGUUCGAGGGUUGUUCGAUUCAGCAACAAAACAACGUGCAUCAACAGGGGGGUAGUAGCAGCAGGUACACGAGUUUACCUCCCCAAACGAAUCCACCGGCGCUGCCCGUUUUUCCGCAGAGCUUCGAUUGCUACGAUUCGUACAAGGGUACGAACCAAGAAAACGAAAAAAAGUACGGACAACGAAACGACUCGCCCCUCGAGGACUACGAUUCCACCUACAGUCACGUGAACCGAACGGAUUCUCGUUCGGAACGGUCAAUGGGAAACGAAGAGAUCUAUCGGCGUGGUGGAAACGACGAAGAUGUCUAUCCAAGCGAGAACCUUUAUCAGGCUGAAAACGACGAAUGGGAUAGAAAAUCGUGCGACUCGAACGCACACUCGGACAUGUGCUGUUCUUGUUCCGAAUCCAGUUGCCUCUAUGGGAACACCCUCGAAUACAACGAUCAGUUUGCCACCUCGUCGUCCAAUUGUCUUCACGGUAAACCAGCAGCCUCUCGAAACAGAAAUGGCAGGAGUCCACGUAGAAGAAACGUUAGAACCGCUUCGCCAACUUACAGCAGCGGUGAUAGCAACUACUCUUGUAUCCCCCCGAGGCAAUCUGGAAGUGUCAGCUCGCAAGAAAGAUCGAGGCACAAUCGUGGAAAAGAUAAAGUGCCUAGCUUUUCGAGAAUCACUGGCUGCUAUCCUCAGCACAAUUCAUCGGCCUCGAACACCGUUAGCAGUUCUGGAAGUCAAAGGUACAACAAGCUGAACAACGUUUUCGUCGGUGCUGGAAAUUCGAAUGCUCCUGCAGAGUGUAGUCGGCCGGCCGACCUUCUUCGUGAUGGCUAAUAUCACCAUCAUUCUCACGAGUGUUGUGGAAUCGAUCCGAUGUGGAUUUCACUUGAACUUGAUUCACUUCGAUCGCAACGAAUCGUAACUGUCUCGCGCGAAUAUUCUCAAAGUACCUUUAAGGCGACUAAUCAUCACUUCCUCCUCUAUGGCUCCGAAUUCCUUCGUCUCUCUCUCUCUCCCUCUCUCUCUCUCUCUCUCUCUCUUUCUCUCUCUCACCCUUCAUCCCCAAUAUACAUAUGUUCUGUUCUUCCUCAAUCCUAUUUGUUCCUCUGUAUAUGUAUUCAAG